UCACCCAUCAGUUUAAGGAAUAAUACGAACGUAAAAACUAAGAAAUUUCAAUCAAAUUAAGGAAAAAAACAGCAAAGUUCAUAUUUGCAUCUAGGUAAGCAGCCUGUUUAGGGUCCGGCCUCCGACGCGAUGUCUUUCAACAUGUUGAGUUUCCUGCCGACGACGCUGAUGAUAGCCACCCUCCUGCCCGUGCUGCGGCUCGGCCUCAUCUCCCUCAUGCAGGAGUCGCGGCGCGCAGACUUCAGGUUCAGCAGACCCGAAGCCUUCAAUCACGACUAUGACUUCAUCAUCGUUGGAGCUGGGACGGCUGGGAGCGUGCUGGCCGCUAGGCUGUCGGAGGUGAAGGGCUGGAGGGUGCUGCUCCUGGAGGCUGGAGGCACCCCGCCCCCGGAGACCUACGUCCCGGGUCUUGUGGGUUUCAACUACCUCAGAGGUAACAUUAACUGGAACUACGUCACCGUCCCACAGAAACACGGGCUCAAGAACUUCGUGGAUCGACGAGCCACUAUUCCCCAUGCUCGUGUGGUGGGUGGGGGCUCCACGACUAAUGGCAUGGUCUACGUGAGGGGCAAUAGACGCGACUUCGACCAUUGGGCUGAUCUUGGCAACCCUGGCUGGGACUAUGAGAGUGUUCUCUAUUAUUUCAAAAAAUUUGAGGACUAUCGAGGCUAUAUGACACCACAUACAGCCAGAUUCCAUGGUAGAGGAGGACCCAUUGCUAUCACCCCAGACACCAAGCCAGGUAAGCUGACUCAGGCUUUCCUCGAUGCUGGCAAGCAGCUUGGCUUCGACACCAUCGACCCCAACGCAGAGGAGCAAAUGGGGUUUGCCAAGCCUGAUUACACAGUGUGUGAUGGGAUUAGAUGCUCCACAGCCUGGGCCUACCUCCUGCCAGCAGCCUCCCGCCCCAACCUCCACAUCCUGCACAGUGCCACUGUCCUCAAGGUUCAGUUCAACAAGAAGAAAAAGGCGACUGGUGUUGUGUACACCUAUAGAGGCAAGGUGGUGGAAGCUCGAGCAGAGCGAGAGGUGAUAGUGUCAGCUGGGGCACUGGCGUCCCCCAAGGUGUUGCUGCUGUCAGGCAUAGGAGCCAGUUACCACCUUCAACAACAUGGCGUGAAGGUGGUGGCAGAUGUGGCAGGUGUGGGCCAGAACCUGCAGGACCACCUGGGGGUGUACGGGCUCACCUGGACCACCCAGAGUACUUCUCCCACCAUGGACAACGCCUUCUCCUUGCAGGCUUUCUCGCAGUAUAUCCACCACAGGAAAGGUCCGUGGACAAAGCCGUUGGGUGAAUAUGCCAGUGCCUUUCUGAAGGUGACGGAAGGUGGUGAUCCUUACUACCCUGAUGUCCAGCUCUACCUCUCCCCUGCUGUCUUUAACAUGGAUUUGGGAUUCUUCAUUCCUCAUAUUUAUAACUUCCAAAAAACGAAAUAUAUGGAGUAUGCCCGUCCAUUGUCCGGAAAACAAGGCUUCACGAUCAUCAUGUACCUGAUGAGACCCAAGAGCCGUGGGGGCAUCUUUCUCAGGUCCAAACACCCCAAUGACCUUCCCCUCAUUGACCCCAACUACCUCGAUCACCCACAAGACCUCAAGACCCUCGUCAAUGGUAUCAAGCAGUUGAUGGCUCUGGGUAAUACCACGGCUUUCAGAUCACGAUUCAAGGCGAAAUUUCAUGACAUGCCAGUGCCAGGAUGUGAAGGAGAAAAAUUUGGGUCGUAUAGGUACUGGGGAUGUUAUGUGCAGCAUAUGGCCUCCUCCUUCUGGCAUCCGACCAGCACUUGCAAAAUGGGACCCUCAUCUGACCCUCUUGCUGUUGUCGAUUACAGGCUCAGGGUGCGAGGGGUGUCCGGGCUGCGGGUAGUGGAUGCCUCAAUCAUGCCUGUUGUUGUGUCGGGCAACACCAAUGCUGCCACACUCAUGAUUGCAGAGAAGGCUGCCGACCUCAUCAAGGAGGACUGGAACGAACUCACUGGGCAUGGUGAUUGAUGUGAAUCCAUCUCCAUGUUUUGGCAUGUGUGUAUUGUACAUAUAAAACGGAUAAAUUUAGUAUACAGUUCAUGCAUCCUGGGAAUGGUCAGUAAUUUGACUUUGUGGAAUACAGAGUACAGAGGAUGGCACGGAGACCUUGUGGGACUGAGCACAGAGUGUUCCAAAUGUAGCCAAAUAAUUUGCUCACAAGAAAAGAAUUGAUUACCAUCUUUGAUUGCCUCUGAGCAGCCUGAGGGCAGCAAUAUUCUGAGAAAAUCAAGAAAAUCUAGUUGAUUUGAGACAGUUAAAUAAUUAAGAUUUAUAGGUCACCUUUGGUAUACAUAGCUACCACCUAUGGCUCCUUGUUUUAGUAUUUUGGAUGAUUUUAAGGCUGAAUAAUAAAGAUUUUAGUGAAGUCGUCAGCGACGAUGGACUGAACUGAUGGUGAUGAUGGACAGCGAAGAAGAACUGUUGACAGCUGAAUGCUCUUUACUAAAAUGGAAAUAGUUAAAAAAAAGUUAUAAUGUCUCCUUUCUGUGUCAACUAAUGUUUCAACCCAAGAUUUAAACCACUAUUCUACAGUGCAUCCUGUUGAAGGUUGGCAUUUAGGAGAAAUCUUGGCGUUUCUCAGUAAAUUAUAAUAAGCACUCUAUAAAUUUUUACAUAUAAUAAUGGUGCUUUCUUCAA